AUGUCUCUUCCAUAUCUCAAGUCGCUCAAGAAGCCUGAUCUGCUCAGCAUAGCAGAAGAAACAGAUCUGCCAGACUACAAUGACUUUAACAAAACCGAUCUGGUUAUCCUGCUGGAGAAACACCUGCGCGAGAAUCGCUCUAUCUUCAAUAACCUCCAAAGCCUCGCGGAAUACUAUUCGCGCCUCGACUCGCCACCUCGCAGAGGAUCGCCCUUGAAGCGCGACACCACGCGCACUCCAGCCCGUCGCGCAAGGAAGAUGGAGGAAGUCAAGCAGGAAGAAUCCAGCGAGGAGGCCGAAGAACCCGAACCCAGCCCGGAAGUCGUCAGUCCAACUCCCGCCGCGUCGCGCACAAACACCCGCCAGACCAGGCGACAAUCACUCCGCCAAUCCAUCUCCGCCAUCGCAGACGCAGAGCCAACCCUGCCCGCCUCGCCGGCAAUCAUCACCGAGGCAAUCGACGCGCAGACCGUCAAGCUGCGUGAGACUAUCGACCACGUCUGGACUGCAUCCGGUCUAGUCGAGCGCGCGCAUUCGUUACGCGCAACCCUAAGCAACAUGAAAGCCGUCGAGAUCCUCGUGCUGCUCCUGGAAAGCGCCAGUCUGGCUAAAGAGCUAGUGCCGAUCCGCUACCUGACUACCACGCCCCCGGUGCAAGGGGCGCAAAUCCCGCCCAUCCCGAUCAGGGUUCCUGAUCUGUUUGUCGUGCUGGAGGGGGCGUUCUGGGCGCCGUUUUCGUUGUGGUUCUUGACUUGUUUGCUGUUGCCGUUGGUUUCGGCUUACUUUAUCAAUUUGAGCUGGCAGGCUUCUUCGGGGCGUCGGACUAGGUCGGCGUCGCGUCUUGCGCAGUUUGAUCCUUUGACGUUCAAUAUUGUUAAGGCUUUGCUGGUUAACGUGGUUUUUGUUAGUGGGUCCAAUUUCGGUGGGGUCUAUAGCAAGUUUGCGGUGCGCAAGGUUGUUGAUUCUGUUCCUGGUGGUGUUUCGGGUCUUUUGACUGGGACUGCUAUUGGUGGUGUUGGGGCUUUGUAUGAGGCUAUUCUGCACCGCUCGUGA